CGCCCACAACACCACAUGCUUGCAUUGAGGAAAUUUCAUUCGUAUUCCCUGCGAGGCUAGGCCCACCUAAGCAAUAUUAUUAUUAUUUAAUGACGAUUAAAAUGUUAGUAAUGAAUUCCAAAGCAGCAGUAGGUAUUAUAGCUGGAAUUGCUGGUUCACUCUUUCUGGGAUAUUGUGUAUAUUUUGAUCGCAAAAGACGCAGUGCACCAGAUUUUCGGGAGAAACUAAAAGAAAAGAGGGCAAAGUCGAAGUCAAAGCCAAGUAAAAAUGCAGGACCCAGUCAGUUACCAGAUUUGCAAAACCCAGAUGCUGUACAGAAGUUUUUCCUUGAAGAAGUACAAUUAGGAGAAGAAUUACUUGCCCAAGGUGAUUUUGACAAUGGUGUUGAUCAUUUGAGCAAUGCAGUCGCAGUUUGUGGCCAGCCACAACAACUGUUACAAGUCCUCCAACAGACACUUCCACCUCAAGUAUUCCAGAUGCUUAUACAGAAACUACCAGGAACAAGUCAAAGGUUAGCAGCUUCUGCAGCAGCAUCGGCAGCAGGUACUCCAACAAGUGCGCCCUCAAUGGCUGUAGACGAUGAACUUGAAUAAUUUCCAAUAUGACUGCAGAAAUUUUUACACUGACAAUGACAACUGAUAUGUUUACACCUACAACUGGAAUACUGUAUUGUUUAAAGAAUAUACAUUCAUUAACUCUUUUGAAUGUUCUCUUUUCCUCAAAUAUUGACCUUGCACAUUAUGGUACUAAUGGGGCAUAAAUGUAGGUUCACACCGAAUCCGAAUUUGCUAAGGCGUGUACUAAUAGUAAGUGCCUUUAUUCUUUACCACUGAUUUGCUUUUUUUUUUCCUUUAGUUAGCGAUACGAACCGAAUUCGGAUUUGGUGUGAAUCUACCUUUAGGCACCAUCUUCCAUAGACAAUUUCCACCCCAGGCAAAUAUCUCCCCAAUAAAAAUUUUACUAUGCAAAAAGAUAAUACGCAAGCAAUUAUCACCAGAUUCAUAUUAGAGCUCUAAUCUGCACUUUUCCAAUGUGACCACCCUCCUCAUUUGAAUACCCCAAGGUACACAACUGAUAUUAUAUUUAAAUUACUGGGAACAAGGAACUGACUUCAUGCAUUACGCAUAUCUCAUCCAAGUUAUACCAUGCAGUUACAUUUUAUGCUUUACGUCCAUAGAAAUAAUUUUUUUUAAAACUAUGAAUAAUAAAGUACCAGUAUUUGGAUAUCAUAAUUCGAUUACCAUUAACCUGAUGGUGGGUUUACAUCAACCAAAUUAAAAACGUUUUUAAUAAAGAUACACAGUCUGUUAAUAAACUGUACCUGCAAUUUAGCAUUUGUGACCAUCUCUGGCAAAACCCUCCAUUUGUCGCAAUAUCUAAUUUUGCACAAGCAUCCAAAACAUUCGAGAAUCAGAAUUUUGAACAUUUCCAGAUGUUUGCAUUUUAUAAAAGAAGAUAUAGCAAAGAACAUUUCUGCAAAAUAUUAAUCAAUUAAUAAUAAAAUAAAUUAUUUUAAAAAUACAAAUCUUAAUAAUAAAACUAUUGAUUUUAGAAUCUUUGGAGCUGUUUUCUCAAAACCAACAUGAAUGAUAUCCAACGAAUUAAAUAAUCAAAACUUUACUAACAGUAAGUACUUAACCAAUUUCAACUAUGUUAAAUAAGAAUUCAUUCAAAAUAUAAAAAUUUAAAAAAACUUAAUUUUCAUUUUCCGACGAACGGCUGGUCAUGCCAGGGCCGGUCACAUUUAAAUGGCUUAGUACAUUACUGUAUAUUAGCUUUCAAUUGAAAAUUAGAUGAAUAAUAGAUAAAUAAUAAUAAGUAAUACCAUGCAUUGUUAUAUUCUUUGCAUGGACCAUUAAAUUGGCUAGAAUUCAAUUUAAAGUUUAUCGUAUUAAGCUUUGUCUACACUAUCUAAUUUCAUUUUUAAAAAAAAGCGUCGCAUAAAAUUUGAUGGAACAUAGAAUUUUUUUUUGAUACAAUUUGAUGAUAUGUGAUAUGACAUCAUUGUACCCAUAUAUGGGCACAUCACAUUUUUUUGUCACAUAAAAUUUGAUAGUGCAGACUAAGCUUUAGCUAAGUCUUUAUCAGCAAAACUGAACUGUUUGGAUUUGUGUCUCAUUGGAAGCAAUUCAUUGUACUAAUUUUUAUUUUUAGGGGUUUCAGAUUGUACCUCCUCAGCUGAACUCAAAUCAUUCAUUGGAUCUUUCCAAAGUGUCAAUCACUGAGCAAUCAGAAAAUGUUAAAGCCAUGUGUACGUACAUUAAGUUUCCAUAGUAACAAAUCAAUGGCGCGUGGCUUAGCAGAAAUAUCCAUUAACUCCAGCUGCAUAAAGGACCUUAUAUCAUGGAUAAUUGAAAAAGACCCUGCAAUACAAAUUAAUGUUAUUUGUAAAUACUGUAUUACAAAUUUUCUAGAGUUCCUUUACCUUGUUAUUAAAAUUACUUUGUUUAUACAGUACCGUAUGGAGAUGUUAAAGUUCACCUUUAUCAGACAGUAUUGAAAUUGUGUAACACGAUAACAGUAUAGUACUGUACAUCAUAAAAUGUAUUGAAAUUGAAUUAAUGUAAUAAAUUUACUCAUUGCUGACAAAAUAGGA